GUUCAAUUUUUUAUUCCCCUCGUUCAGUCGAUACCCUAAGAGGAGUUCAUAAAUGCCCAGUGUUAUUAUUUUUAACCAAUCAGAAACCAAAACAAAAUCUACUUGAAAGGAUCUUGGUGAAUUCGGUGAUGAACCCAAUAUAACCCUUGCAAUAAACUUUUAUUAUCUUACAUCGGGGAUGAGUUAGAAAAGGCUUUGCGAAUACAGAAGAUUUAUUUGUAGUGCAGAGGAUAAAUUUUGAACUCCAGAGCAAGCUGAGUCAGGGGCAACUGAGAAAGCCGAGUCUUAAGUGUUUGUAUCUCAAAACAUUGGGAAUUAAAAGAGAAGGAUUUUGAUUGCAGAGGAUCAGAGGCUUGUCAAUUUUCAUCUUAAGGAAAUACAGAGAUGAAUCUUGGAGAUAAAUCACCUGGGAGUCCAACCCACAAGAGGCAUGCAAAGACUGAUGUAGCUGGUAAACGGGCUUCAAGACGUAUGAAGCCAUAUUCCCAUAAUAGGGUCAAUGAGGACAUUUGUAGGAACUGUCGACGUCCUGGACACUAUGUACGUGAUUGUCCAAAUCCCAAAGUUUGCCACAACUGUGGCAAUGAAGGGCAUGAUGCUGCCAAUUGCUCAACUGAAAAACUGUGCAGGAAGUGCAAACAGCCAGGCCAUAUUUCAACUCAGUGUGACAACAAACCUGUUUGUCAUGUGUGUGAUAAGGAAGGUCACUAUUCCUCUUUUUGCCCCAAGUUAAAGCAAGGACUUGAUGAGCCAGCCCUUUGCAGGAACUGUUAUAGGCGUGGGCAUAAAGCAAAAAAGUGCCCCAAUGAAAGGGCUUGUAUUAAUUGUCGUCAAUAUGGUCACUUGCUUGAAGAUUGUACAAAUAGUCCUGUCUGCAAUGCAUGUGAGGAGUCUGGUCAUUUUGCCAGAAAUUGUCCACGCAAGGCAGCAGUGACAAAACCAAGUGAGUCUGAUGCAAAUCAUAAAGAAAAGAUUUGUAGAAAGUGUAAGCAGCCAGGACACUUGAGUGAAACAUGCAGGAAUAGUCAUAGCCAAGAAAAAGCAUCUGUAGAUGAUACUGGCAUUGUAUGUCAUAACUGUAAAGAAGCUGGACACAAAGAGAAGAACUGCCCUAAAAAACAAAAGGUUAAUAAGCUUACAGGGCCAGCUGGAAAUGACAACAGUAUCAUUUGCUUUAACUGUCAUCAGCCUGGUCACAGGGAGCGAGAUUGUCCACAUCCAAGGAGGGAGCAGGCUGGAGGUUAUAAUGAAGUGAUAUGUUUUAAUUGUAAGGAGCCUGGCCACAAAGAGAAAGACUGUGUACAUCUUAGGAGCAAAGGGCCAGCUAGAGGUUAUAAUGAAGCAAUAUGUUACAAUUGUAAGGAGCCUGGCCAUAAAGAGAGGGACUGUCUGCAAAAGCAUAUGGGUCCCAGGAGUACAGGGCGCAUUGGAUCUCCUAGGAUUAUAGGGCAUCUUGAAGAUCCCAGGAGCUUAGGGUCCAUUGGAGAUCCCAGGAGUUUAGGGCCCAUUGGAGAUACCAGGAAUAUGGGGCACAUUGGAGAUCCCAGGAAUAUGGGGCACAUUGGAGAUCCUAGGAAUAUAGGGUCCAUUGGAGAUCCCAGGAAUAUGGGGCCAGUUGGAGCUCCCGUAGGUUUAUCCCCAGUCGGAACCCUUAGGGGCAUAGAGCCUGUUGGAGGUUAUGGUGAAACCAUAUGUUUCAAUUGUAAGGAACCUGGCCACACAGAAAGGGAUUGUUACCGAAAGAUAGUCAUCUGCACCCUGUGUUGGGGAUCUGGACACACAUUUUUAUCUUGCCCAUCAGACCCUGCAUUUCUACGUCGUUGGCCUUUAUAAGAACAGUUUUGUUUGGAAGAUUUAAGUCAGACCCGAGUGCAUUUUUGAUAGGAAAUGUUGGCAUUAUCUGGGCAAUGAAAGCACUCUGAUAUUGUUUGGGGCUUCUUAUCUUGUUCACCAGUAGAUUAAUUGUUUUGGUAAGGGCCUCAUAUUUAAGUCUUUGUUUUGAAAUUAAUAAAUUCUCAUUGAAUCGAAAAGGAGAUGAUGGUUCUGGUGUAGUGAAAGCUGCAUAGUGACUUAAAGGUGAAUUCAUUUGAUCAGGAUAAUAAUUCAAUUUGAAGGAUUUGUGGGGAAAACUUCUUGUAAGGUUGAUUGAGGGAGGGAUGUGCAGUGUUGUAGCUGGUAAUUGAUCUGAAGAUUGGCAUUGGAUAAUCUGCUCGUGAUUGUUUCAUUUCAAUUUUUCUUGGAAAGAAUAUGGGGUUCAUUGCUUGUUUAAAAGUACCA